AUGUCGUCUUACAAGAACAUUGUUGUCGUCGGUGCAAGUGGAAGCACUGGCAAGAUCAUUAUCGACGGUCUUACAUCAACCUCCGCCUUUAAUGUUACGGUACUAUCUCGCAAAGAAAGUAAAGCAACUUACCCACCCAAUGUGACGGUGCGAACAACAGACUUCUCUGAAGAUGAUCUCUCAGAAGCUCUCAAGGGCCAAGAGGUUGUCAUCUCUGCUCUCGGAGUUGAAGGCUUCGAUCAACAGCAGAAACUCGUUGAUGCUUCCGUCCGCGCAGGUGUCAAGCGCUUCUUGCCUUCCGAGUUCUCGUCUAGCAGUGAGGACCCGGCUGUUCUUAAAUUGUUUCCGUUGUUUGAGGUGAAGAAGAAUCUUAUCGACUAUCUGAAGACCAAAGAAAAGGAUGGGUUGAGCUGGACUGGUCUCGCCACUGGGCUUUUGUUCGACUGGGGACUUGCAAACGGCUUUCUUGGAUAUGACAUCAAGAACCGAACAGCCAAGAUCUGGGAUGACGGCAACAAGAAGUUCACCCUCACCAACGAAAAACAACUGGCACAAGCCAUCGUCUCAACUCUUCAGCAUCCCGAGGAAACUCGCAACCGCUACUUGUAUGUGUAUUCAGUUGUGACUACACAGAAUGAGAUUUUGCAGUCCCUUGAGAAAGCCACGGGUGGGAAGUGGAACGUCGAUAAGACGUCCACUGAUGCAGAGAUUGCUGAGGCGCAAAAGAGGCUAGGUGCUGGCGAUUUCAGCGGUGGCUUUAUUCUUGUGCACGCGACUACUUAUGGAAAUACAGAUGGCCUGAGGGCGGAUUAUUCCCAAGAGGACAACUCAGGAAAUGAUGUUCUGGGACUUGAGACAAUAUUGCCGAAAAAUUGA